AUGGAGGUACCAACCUUGGCGGCCACUGGCCGUUCGACCACCGCCAACUCGGACGACUUGAUCAAGAGCAAGACCGACCCGUCGACCCCUAACGCUGAUGACAGCCAGGUCGUCGCUGCCGCCACGAACGAUGUGGUCGUUAAACCUCGCAGCAACAACUCGAAGCUGCUCAUCCUGGCAGCUGGUUGCGCCUUGCUGUCCGACGGCUACCAGAACUCGUUGAUGACCAUGACCAACGUCGUCUUUAAGACUCGCUACGGCAGCAAAGUCUACACCUCGGACAUCUCGACCCGCAUCUCCAACUCUUCGCUCGUCGGCGCCAUCAUCGGUCAGAUUGCCGUUGGUCUUAUCUGCGAUCGAGUCGGACGCAAGUCAGCCGUCACUCUCACCACCGCUCUCCUCGUUAUUGGCGCUAUUUUCGCCACUGCUGCUUAUCCUGUCGACGGCAAGCCCGAAAACAUGUUCUGGUGGCUCACGAUCGCUCGUGGCUGCGUUGGUGUCGGUGUCGGAGGAGAGUACCCUGCCUCUUCCACUUCCGCCACCGAGGCUGCGAAUGAGAGGCUCGGAAAGAAACACCGUUCGCAGGUCUUCAUCCUCGUGACCAACUUUGUCCUCGGUCUCGGCACUCUUCUUUCGCUUGGCUUCUUCAUGAUCGUCCUCAAGAUCACUGGCUAUCACGAUACCAAGGACGCCGCCGGUUUCAGGGAUCUCGGCAUCAUCUGGCGUGUCGUCUUUGGUUUCGGUGCGCUCUUCCCGCUCAUCAUCUUCUACUUCCGCAUGCUCGUUCUCAACUCGUCCCUCUACCGUAAAACUGCCAUGCGCAAACAGGUCCCCUACAAACUGGCACUCAGGAAGUACUGGAAGAGGCUUUUGGGCACGGCUGGCGUAUGGUUCAUCUACGAUUUUGUAGUGUUCCCCCUUGGCGUGUUCUCUGGUACCAUCAUCAGCACCGUCAUCAAGCACCCUACCCUGCUCAAGGUAGCCGAGUGGCAGUUCCUCCUCUCAUUCCUUGGGCUUCCUGGUACUCUUAUCGGCGUUCUGUUGCUGCCCAAGCUCGGCAGCCGAGUCAGCUUCAUGAUCGGGUUGUCGGGCUUCUUGGUCCUUGGUCUCAUCAUCGGAUGCGCUUACGACAAGGUCACCUCGUCCGCUGCUUCUCUUGUCGUCCUCUUUGGACUGCUCGCUGCUUCCGGCAAUUUUUCAGCAGGCAACAACAUUGGUUUAACCUCCGCAGAGGUGUAUCCGUCGGCCCUUCGAGGAACGUUCUAUGGAAUCUCCGCUGCGGUAGGAAAGACAGGUGCCGCAGUCGGCACCCAGGCAUUCAUCCCGAUCCAACAGAACCUUGGCAAACGAUGGGUGUUCAUCAUCUCUGCCAUCUUGGGUGUCAUUGGUAUCGUACUCGUCUACUUUUGCAUUCCCGAACCGACCAAGUUUGAUCUGGCCGAAGAGGAUCGUGCCUGGCUUCAGUAUCUGGUCGACAACGGCUGGCAGGGCGAGAUUGGCGAUGGCACCGAAGGUAUCACCGAUCCCAAGACUGCCUUGGGCAGGGUCAAGGACAGCGACGCCAGCGAUGCCAGCGACCUGUCCAGGAGCGACGAGGAGAGUGCGCUCAGUGAAAAGGCUUCGAACUAG